CCACCACCACCUAUGAUGCAAGUCCAGAUGUCCAUCUAGCUUAAGCUAUGAUACUCCAAUCUGGAAGGCAUGCCACGCCAUGCAACUUCCUCUGCAUUUAAAUGUCCAUCCCCAAACCACCAGCCACCAGACAUCACGACACCACUUACCAACCAAUCCAUCCAUCCAGCACUUGGUGCAUCCAAUCAUAACCUGCGCCUCCCUCUAGCAACCUCAUGAAUUACAACGCAGCACCUCACCUCCCUCGCCGAACCCCACUAUCACAUCACAUAAAUCGCAACAACUCAGUAAACACCCCCCCUGCCCAUAAGCUAACCACCACCAUCUCCUCCUCCUCCUCCUCCACCGUUAACCAACGAAGUGACCAAUAACCAUACCCCCUCACUCCUCACGACGAUACUCUCCUGGCGAUGCGCAGCAAAACCUUGUAUAGAAAGAACCGCCCCAACAAAACCAUCCCAGUCCAGCCCAGUCGUAGCGAUAGUCAUAUUGGCAACACAGCAUCCCAACACCCCAUGCCGCCGGUGCCGGCGCCCCUCCCCCUAUCACCACUUCCCGCCGCGAAAAUGCGACCAACCAAUACCAAGCUCUUCUCUUCCCCCUCCUUCCCGGCGAGCGCCAAAAAGAAAAACUCAAAGAUGCGCGCAAUAAGGCACACACUGCGAAAGUUGAAAGUCCUCCUGCACCUGCGCCACGGGAAGAAGACAGCAAUUCCUAGAAUUGUGCUGACGCCACCGAGCGAGAGCGAGAGUGAUAGGGAGGAGGAUGAUGGGGAGGGAUCGGUGGGGAGUCGUUUGGAUUUGAGGCUUGGUCAGGGGAGCGGUGAUUGA